AUGAACUCUGAAAACCAGGCAAUGAGUCUUCUGCAAAACACAAAACCGCAAACGGGGGCAAAACCUCCCAUUCCAAACAGCUUUACAAUAACGCUUAUAAACGAGCAGCAGGCAAAAAUAUCGCCUAGCACGAAGGAAAUAUCUUCGCAUCUGUUUGACAAGAUCGGAUCUAAAUACAUUCUGGCAGAGAAUGCGUGGAUAUUCCAUGUUUGGUCGUACCCAGAGCUUGAAAAGUGCUGCUCCUUCAUUCAAAAGAAGGCAGAGGGAACGCCUCUGUGCCUGCUGAGGGCGCUGGCGGCUAAGUACAGUAGAGCAGCCGCCAAGCCCAAAGCAGAAAGCACCCUGUCCGUGCUGGAGCAUAUUGAUGGAGGCGGAAGCAUCCAUCUGAAGCCGCACCAAAUAGAAGGCGUGGCAGUUGCAUGCAAGCGAAAUUACAGGCUUCUGAUAGCAGACGAAAUGGGGCUGGGCAAAACCCUGCAGGCAAUUGCAAUUGCCAAGAAGUACCUGGAGGCAAACCCAAACACCACAAAAAGGUGCAUGCUGAUUGUGGCUCCGGCAUCCAACACUGCCAUGUGGGCAAAAGAGGUGGGGAAGUACAUAACAAAAAGGUGCUACGACAUAAAGGAGUGGCGGAAUGUGGGGGAUGUGGGGGCUCACGAAGUGGUUGCGCUUAUUGCCAGCUACAACGGGGCAAGCUCCCACCUGGCGCAGCUGCACGCAGAGGACUUUUUCAUGGGAAUUGCCGACGAGUCGCAGUCGCUGAAAAACCACGAAAGCAAGAGAGCACAGGUGCUUGUGCCUUUUCUCACCCGCCUGGAGAACGUGAUUCUUCUGUCUGGCACGCCCGCACUCUCCAAUGCGCACGAGCUAUACACGCAAAUAGCCAUCAUCUGCCCGUCUCUUUUCUCGUACAAAGAGUACCACGAGAGAUACUGCCGGAUAAGCGAAACCCACUACCAGGCAGUAAAUCCACGGUUCAAGCACCUGGUAAAGUACCGGGGAAACAAGAAUCUGGACGAGCUGAAAAUUGCAGUAAACGCGCUCGUUUUGAUACGGAGGGUGAAGCAGGACUGCCUGCAGCUGGGCAUAAAAAGGAGGGUUCUCGUGACAUUCAACACCGACCUUGUGAAAAAAGACGUCCAGAUAAAGAUCCAGACAAACCCAAAAAUGGUGACUAACGAGCUGCUUACAGAGUACAACACUGCAGCCCGAGAAAAAAUCAGCGAUGUGUUGAACUAUGUCCAGCAGAUGAGAAGCAAGACAUGCAAAAAAAUAAUUGUCUUUGCACACCACAGAGACGUGCUAGACGCCCUAUACGAGGAGUUUAAGAGCAGAGCCAUAAAAAUAGACGGAUCCACGCCCCGGCCCAAACGGGAGCUUCUCUGCGACGAGUUCCGAGAAAACCCGAAGUGUGACUUAGCAAUACUGAGCCUAAAGGCGUGCUCAACCGGCCUUACUCUCGUCUGUGCAACAACUGUGAUUUUUGCAGAGCUUCCUUGGACGCCCGGGGACUUGCACCAGGCUGAAGACAGAAUAUACCGAAUAGGGCAGACAGAGACAGUCAACAUAUACUAUUUGAUUGCCUCGUAUGUGGACAAGCAGCUGUGGCCGCUUCUUAAGCGAAAAAAUAGAACACUGAACGGCAUAGGAAUCAUAGAGCACGACAAGGAAAACCUGGAGUUUGAGACGUUUAACCCCAAGCAGAAGGUAAUGCACCAGUUUAAAUAG